CCUCCGGCGCCUCGCCCCCGCCGUCGCCAUGGGGAGACGGCCUGCUAGGUGCUACCGCCAAAUCAAGAACAAGCCAUACCCCAAGUCGAGGUACUGCCGUGGUGUCCCUGACCCGAAGAUCAAGAUCUUCGACGUUGGGAUGAAGAAGAAGGGAGUGGACGAGUUUCCUUCCUGCGUCCACCUGGUCAGCUGGGAAAAAGAGAACGUCUCCAGUGAGGCUCUUGAGGCUGCCCGUAUUGCUUGCAACAAGUACAUGACCAAACAUGCUGGCAAGGAAGCGUUCCACCUGAGGGUCAGGGUCCAUCCAUACCAUGUCCUUCGCAUCAACAAGAUGCUUUCAUGUGCCGGGGCUGAUAGGCUCCAGACUGGAAUGAGGGGUGCUUUUGGGAAGCCUCAAGGUACCUGUGCUCGUGUGGACAUUGGCCAAGUCCUCCUUUCGGUGCGCUGCAAGGAGAGCAAUGUUGUUCACGCUGAAGAAUCCCUCCGCCGUGCCAAGUUCAAGUUCCCUGGCCGUCAGAAGAUCAUCCGCAGCAGGAAGUGGGGCUUUACAAAGUACAACACUGAAGAUUAUAUCAAGUACAAGAGUGAGGGAAGAAUUGUUCCAGAUGGUAUCACUGCUAAGCUUCUUGGUGUCCAUGGCCCUAUUGCUAAGCGUGCCCCUGGGCAGGGCAUCCUGGCUUGUUGAAGUGUACACAGACCAUUUCCUUCGCUAAAUGGAACUCGAGACCUUUUUUUUUGCGGUAGUCUAAUUUUCCAUGCUAGAACGAUUGUUAAGUAAAGUUGGCU